AGUUCAGCGGUGGGAGGCUGCCAGCGCUUGAAAGGAUCAUUCCUCUCCAAUGCACCAAAGCAAACAAACGCUCUUGCCCUCGGAAGUUGCAUUUUUCCACACACUACUACUCUAUGGAUAAAAGGCGUCCUUCCUUGAAUGCCAUUGGUUUUGUUUUCGAUUAAGUUCUACACUUCACACGACAUGUCAGAAAAUAAGUUCCUUUGCGCUGUAGUUUUCUUAACUUCACUGGUUUGCUCAGCGUGCUCACAGGGGACGGGAUUUGUUCAUUCAGCUGCCUUAGAUACGGAUGGGAGAUACAACAUUAAGUGGGGAUUUGAUGAGUCAACGAUAACGUUUGAAGCAGAAGUGGAAACGAGAGGAUAUUUAGGAUUUGGCUUGUCACCGAACGGUGCGAUGGCUUCGUCUGAUAUUGUAAUAGGUGGUGUGCUCAACGGAAGUCCGUAUCUUGUGGACUACUUCACAGACUCAAACAGAAAGGUCCAGAGAGACCCACAGCAGAGCUACCGGCUAUUGUAUGGGAGAGAGAAUGACACGCAUACUGUCCUGGCUUUCAGCAGGAACCUCCAGACCUGUGAUGACAAUGACAAAGUCAUUACGGGCAGUACAGUGAGAGUGAUCUGGGCGUUCCAUGCAGAGGAUGUGGGAGUGUCAGGACCAGUCUACCAUGGCAUGAACAGAGGCAGAAAGAGUCUACGUUUACUCAAUCCUGGAACCACCUCCAACAUCCCAGUAGGAACAGCUUUCUUUGACCUUCAAAACGAUAAGGUUCCUGUGCCUCAGAAGGACACAACAUACUGGUGUCAGAUCUUUAAAUUCCCAGAGUUGAAGAGGAAACAUCAUGUUAUCAGAAUAGAGCCAUUGAUACAGAAGGGUCAUGAGAAUCUGGUCCAUCACAUUCUGCUUUACCAGUGUGACAGCAAUCUAAACAAGAGUGAGAUCAACUGGGGACAUGAAUGCUACCAUCCAAAUAUGCCAGACUCCUUCUUCACAUGUGAAACCGUUGUGUUUGCCUGGGCCAUUGGAGGCGAGGGCUUCACAUAUCCUCCACAUGUUGGAAUGUCUAUAGGAACCUCAAUAGACCCAGUUUAUGUUCAGAUGGAGAUUCAUUUUGACAACCCGUCUUUACAAAGAGGGAUAGUUGACAGCUCAGGCCUUCGUCUGUACUAUAGCCCCAGCUUGAGGCGCUAUGAUGCCGGGGUCAUCGAGACAGGAGUGUGGGUCAGUCUCUACCACAUGUUGCCCCCAGGCAUGCAGGAUUAUAUUACAGAAGGGCACUGCACUCAGGAGUGUCUUCAGGAGUCAUUGGACAGUGAGAUGCCCAGUGGAGUGAAUGUGUUUGCAGUUCUGCUCCACGCUCACCUGGCGGGUCGGGCUAUCAGGACUCGACAUUUCCGGCAGCAUGUUGAGCUGCAGCCGCUGGCCUCAGAUGACCAGUUUGAUUUCAACUUUCAGGAGUUCCAGCCGCUCAGCCAGGAGAGGCUCAUCUUGCCUGGGGACUCUCUAAUCACAGAAUGUAGAUAUAACACUAAAGGCAGAAUUAAUAUGACUUGGGGAGGUCUUAGCACACGGGAUGAGAUGUGUUUAUCAUAUCUGCUGUACUACCCGAGGGUCAACCUAGCCAGGUGUGAGAGUUUACCAGAAAUCACCGGCCAGCUCAAAUUUAUUGGAGUUAAAGAGAUCCAGGAACCUGUCACAACCUGGCCCUUUGUGAUAAAGAGUCCUAAGAAAUACAGCAACCUUUCUUUCAUGGAGGCCAUGGAUAAAUACAGGUGGACGAAGAAGAGAGGGAAGGUGUUCAAUGAGGUUGUAAGGAAACUCCCCAUGAAUGUUCGCUGCUCCAAGAUGGGCCAGGAUGAGUGGUCGAUUCAAGGCAUGAUUGUCUCUUCACCAGAGCUGAAAUCAGAGCAGGCGUCUGCUGCUGUUGUGGCCUGCAGAAAUAACUCACAGACUCAGUGUGAAGGUUCCCUCUCUCUGCUCCUUACCGUAUGCCUCCUGCUCAUACUACAGACCUACUUACACCUUUAAUGUGUACUGUCAUCUCAAUGUCCUAUAUUCCUGUACACACAUACCACCCCAAUUACUGUCACUGAAGUGGUUAUAAACAGCAAAGUGAGACUCAUCCUCUGAUUCAUACACAUUAGAGUCCCUUUAGGGUAAUAAUGAUGUAUGACUCACCCUUACCUAAAUCAAGCUCAUCACUUGCAUUGAGCACAACUUUGUUGUAUUAAUGUAGGUUGUAGUCACUUACAGGACCCAUUUAUACUUAUCAUGUAAUAUCCUUUGGUUAAUGCUCACUUGAGUCUCUCCCCCUCUUCUAAUGAACACCCCUCCGUAGCUGUAAAUCAUCAUAAUCUCACAACAUAAUCUCACCAUAUUGGCUGUAACAAUCUAGAAAUCCAGCUCACCAUAAAUAUAUUGGAGUCCAAAAGUCUGGAAACACUUUUGAAAAUGCUGUUUUAAUAAUUUAAUACAGUUUUUUAUGUUAACUGUAUAAUAUUGAUUGAUUUAGAGCUCAAAAAAUGAACAUGAAUUUCAUAAUAUUUUAGUAUUUUGUUGCCCCCUAUUGCUUUAAUGACAGCAUGCAGUCAAGCUGGCAUGGAUUCCAAGAGUUUGUGCAAAACCUGAUGAUUCAUGUUAUCCCAGUAUGAUUUGAGAAUGUUCUAAAGAGCAUCUUGUGUGCUUUAAUGGAAACAAGGAAAUCUGAUCUUUUAGACAAAGAACUUAACAUGGUCAUUGUCACAAAUGUUCUUCUUUGAUUACUGGCUUAAACCUGUAGAAGUAGUGCAUAUCUUAAAGGGGUCAUGACAUACUCUUUUUUUUAUAAUUGUAUUAUCUUCCCUGAGGUCUACGUAUAAUGUUAGUAUAGGUUUUUAGCACUAAAACAGUCAUAAUUUAGUAAGAAGAAAAAGAAAAGUAUCUAAAGGAAAGGAACAAACUCUACAAGACCACAACAUUUGUAAAACUAAAUUUCAGGAUUAACAUAUAACACAUAUCUAACACUUCUUGUCUGAAUAUAUUAAACUGUUCACACAGAAUCAUUAACUAUCAAACAGUCAUGACAUGUAAUAUUAAUGAAUGAAAUUGUUUACUUUGUUUUUGACAUCCAGUAGUGUUUUAAUUGCUCCAUCAUUUAAUAACAGUGCCUUUGCAAAGGUUGAAUCAUAUUGUGACUGGUUCACAAGCAAUCUAUGCCGAUAUUAGCCGAAAACUCAUACAAUCCAUGCUGAAAUGUUCUGAUUAUGAAAACAUAAUGCAAUCCUUGGUGAUGUUGAGUGCUUAAACCGGCUUCGACAGGCCAAAACAGAGACGCUGGUCUUCACAUCUUCCAUGUUCGUUUAUACAUAACGACAUGUGUUUCUCCCAGUCAGUGGUAGCAUUUUUAAAAGUUGCACCUGUACAGCUCUUAAACGCGCAGCACAUCAUAGGUAAUGCAUCAAAACAAUCAAAGAAGUCCAUAUAGGUGAAUGUUUGCAAAAGACUAAAAAUUUAAAAUAGCACAGAUGGCAGCAAAAACAUCCAAGAUGCCUUCAAACCAACAAGAAACAGUGCAGCUAAAUGAAACACAACGGAGGUCUCCUUUUUAGUUUUAGUAACUUGACAUUGCGUCUUUUAAAAGUGGCGUGAGAUGAACGACAAUGGUCAAAGCCAUUUUUCUAGUGUAGACAAUCAUUUAAAUCCAGAUAGGCACAUGAAGUUGUCCUGUGUAAGUCUUCUUUGGAUUAAUCCCCCAUGACAUGCCCUCUCUCCUCUUCACCUGUCUGACAGACAGUGAGCACCAGUGGGCGGGCCAAGGGUGCAAUGAUGAAAGGUAGGUUGAUGCCUUCCUGAAGAUGUAUUUGGUUCUUGUGGCAUCACAAGUUCCACAAAUUCCAAACUGUCUGUUUCUAAAGCCUGGUUAAAAUAAAUAUUAUUUUUCUAUUAAGGAGGAAGUUUUCAAUUUUGAAACUUACUGUAUGUUUUUAUAGUGCAAUGACCUCUUAAAUGUCAAAAGAUCAAGGAAAAUUUGAUUCCUCAUGUCAUGACACCUUUACUUUUUUUAUUUUAUUUUACAUCAUAGCAUUUCUUUGUUUAAUCAUUUUUUAAAUCCAACUUAAAACGAUUUCCAGGUUUAAGUUAUUUUGAAUCCAUUUUCAGUGUGGACUUUGGUCUUUGUCUAGUUCCUACGGAUAUCUCAUGUCAACCGUAUAGUCAUCCUUUGCUAUUGUAAGAAUGAGCACUGUCAUACAAACUUCAUCAAAAGUGAAAUAUAUUUGAACACUUUUCUCUGACUCUCCCCAACAUAGUAUUUUUAUUAAAUGUUACACUGUUAAAUCUUCCCUAAAAAUUCCCCAUCUAACAAAUACAAAAGCUUUGAGUCAAGAGCUCUGCUCCUCUCAUUAUAAGCUAAAUGUGUGUUUUAUAAUGAAUGCUGGCAUUACAUUCAAAACCAUAACAGUUUUAUACUCUGUAUGUCUUUGAAGCAAUAAAUGUUUGUUUCUUGUAAA